AAUUAUCCGCACGCUGAUGCCGUGUCUAUCGAAAUGUCUCUUAAAGUUUAGGUGGAUAAUUAACAAUACAUAUAGUAUGCACCCAUGUAACAACAAGUCCUCGAACUAUCAAGCUGACACAGGCAAAGGAAUAUGUGUCAGUUUUGUUGUCAGUAUUAAAGUACAAACACCUGUUUCAACAUAUUAAAAGAGUAUCAAUCAUGCGUGUUAAAGAAGUAUGAUAUUUAUAAGUGCCGUAUUAUUAUUUUCAAUUACACCCGCUCGCAUAUUUUAAUUGUAAGUGUUAUUCGCGUUUUACCGUCUUCCAUCAUGAACACAUAUAACAAUAGAAACGGACCAGGUGUAUCAGGAAACUCUUUCGACCGUUGGGUACAAAGGACCAAUAUGCACGAUGAUUCGGCUAUCACAAAGAUGCAACAUCAAUUUUGGGUUACAAAGCAAACUUUAUCACGAAAGCUAGGGAAGAAGGACGACGAAUGUAUCGUAGCAUCCGACGCGGAGUUGGACGCAAAGUUAGAAUUAUUUCGCAGUAUUCAAGAGUCUUGCUCUUACUUACAAAGAAUUAUAGACAAAUACCAGGAAAGAUUAUGCAACCUUGCGCAGGAAGAGAACGCGAUGGGAAGAUUUCUUAAAGAUGCUGGUAAACAGGAUAAAACCAGAGCUGGCAAGAUGAUGACCGCAGUUGGAAAAUCAUUGUCGUAUUCUGGUCAACAGAGGCUGGCUUUGAGAGCCCCGUUAGGUAGAUUGUAUCAGGAAGUGGAAACGUUCAGGCAAAGGGCCAUCGAAGAUACUCUGCAGAAGGUUCAAGCGAUGGAGAAGUCUCGUACAGAAUACAGAGCAGCUCUGUCCUGGAUGAAGAAUGUUUCUCAAGAACUAGAUCCCGAUACGUCGAAACAGUUAGAAAGAUUUCGGAAAGUUCAAACGUGCGUUAGACAAGGUAAAAUGGCCUUCGAUAGUUUGGCCUUAGAUUGUCUCCAGAAAGUGGAUUUAUUAGCAGCCGCUAGGUGUAACAUGUUCAGUCAUGCUUUAGUUUUGUAUCAAAGUACGUUAUUAAAUUUCACCGAGAAAUCUGCACAAGCGUAUUCUACGAUAGCGAGUAGUUUCAAAGGCUAUCAGCGUUACGAUUUUAUGGUUGUAAGAGAACUCGCUGAACCCUCGAGUAAAUUAGCUCAAGAGACUGGAGGUGACGACGAUUCCGAGGAUAAAGAUAAAUUAUCAUUUUUCGAUAUGGAUUAUCACGACACGAUCGAGGAAGCCGAGGAAGUUAAACCCAAUACGCGGAAUGAAAACGACAAGCAAGAUGAAAAAUUGUUGGACAUCGACUACGAUGCAAAAGAUAUAUUUGGUCUUGAAGGACUGGACUUGAAUUCCGGCUCCUCGAACAAUGGAAUUACGAAACCCACUUCUGAUCAAGAGAACAAGGAUGACCUCGAUCGAUUUUUCGCGAAUUUGAACGUGGACAAUAACGUUUUACGCAGCAAUGCGGAAGGAAAUCUAUCGGAACUUGAUAAAAAGUUUGAUGAACAAAGCAUAACGUUGGAUAUAUUUGAUAAGUCGAAUACGAGUUUCAGUUUGGCCGACUUAUCUCCAUUGGACGAAGUAAAUUCAGGAGAGCAAUCUCUACAAUCUCUGACGUCCGAAAAUAUGAUGCUUUUGAACGAUAUUCUCGGUGAUAAACAAAAUGUUAGUAGCGAAUGGGAGGCGUUAUCGCAUGACACGUUCUUGCCACCGAAUAUAUUGAAACAGAGCUUGGGCGACGCGGCACUCGGUGUCAGCCAGAAGACUAUGCCUACUACCAACUCAAGCGAGAAAAAAAAAAAUAAGACUGGCAAACAAAAGGGUAAUUCCUGGUUGGAUUUAUUCGCUGAACUCGAUCCUUUGGCUAAUAAUCCAAUGGAAAAUCUAUCGAACGACAGUAAUGCAUCCGCUUAACUUCUCGAAGUGCUUAAAAUUAUUGUACUAUUACAACGUACGAUUAGUUGCAAUCUUUAGCAACGAUCAGACGUUUUUAUUUUAAUCGUCAGGUAAGAUAAUGCCGAUGAGCAUUAUUUGAUUCUUACACUUGCACCGAUCUUUUAUAUUUAUCAUUGGAACUUGAACAUUCUGGAUCUGUUAGGUUCAAUGAAAACAGCAGGACGACGGUAAGAAUCAAAGAUUUACGAAUGUUUAAAUAUCUUUUCCAGCUUCGUACCAAAGAUACAAGAUCUAUGAUAGUUUGUAAGAUCUACUAGUCAUACAUCUCUUUCGUGAUAAUCAAUAAUUACCAACAUUCCUAUUCGCAUUUAUAACAAAAUAUGUUCAAAGUAUAUUUAAUGUUAAAAGUGUGUUUGCAAUUUGUUGUCAUUUCACAAGGUAUGAGUCCUUUCAAUUAAAUUUCGUUGACAUCAUCGCUGUAUUACAGUAGUACUGUAGACAAUUCAUAUUUUAAAAAUUUAUGGUACAAUUAUUACAUUCCUUCCUUUAAUAUACUAAAGUACCGCACGCUGCUUUUCUUUUUUAAAUAAAAUAAAUACAACAUAAACAGA